AUGUUAUUCCUAGGAUCCAGAGUAUUGAGUAAAAGCCAUCAUCUUUGUAAGAGGGCUUACUCAUCAUCAGCCAUUCCUGGCCUCAUUAAAAAGUUAGACACUGACGAUAAAAUCAACGACUUCUUCAAUCAUACUUCAUGGUCUACAAGCGAGUUACUUGAACAAGAAGGUAACCCGGUUUUAUUGAACAACGAAGUUCUCCAUAACAUUUUAGAUUUGUCUGGACUGAGUAAGGAUUUAAGUGAAAGUAGGCGCAAAGAGUUACUGAGCUUACUUGAAAGACAACUAAAUUUCAUAACUAAAUUACAUGAUGUCGAACUUCAUAAAGCCUAUUCGGUCACUCGACUAGUCGACGACAACGGUGUAAAACCUUUAGACUACGAAACACUCACCGAAGAGAUAUCCGAAGCUGCUGCAAGUUUAUCCAAGGGGGAAAUUGAAAGUUCUUGGAAUCCAUUGUCUUUAGCCACUCAAUACGAAGGAAAAUACUUUCUAGUAAAGGAAGGUCUCCUCAAGAAUACCAAAUAG